AUUGCCGUCCUCGUCGGCCAAGGUGAUGAUCAGCGGAGCUUCGAUGUCCACGAGUCCCUCAUUACUUCUCGAAGCCGCUUCUUUUGUAAUGCGAUGAAUGGGAAAUGGAAGGAAGCCGAGGAACGCACUGUCGCAUUACUUGAGGACGAUCCCAUAGUCUUCGAGCUAUACCUUCAAUGCUUGUAUGCUGGCCACGCCAACCUUGAUGAGGAUAUCGAGAUUGGGGAUCAAUAUGUCCUCUGGGGAAGACUCUUUGUACUAGCCGAAAAGCUGCGUGAUUUGGAGAGUAAGAACAUCAUUGUUGAUGCCCUC